AUGGCUUCUUCCACCAUAAGCUGGCCUCCUGUGAGGAUAUCCAAAGUCGCGGGGCGGUAUCUGCUUUUCGACAUAGACGAUGUGAUGCACCUGCGCAAGAACCACAACAUCUGCUCCGUGUUCGUCGGGACGAUUCCUCAGAAUCCCCAGCAGAACAUCUUCAUGGGCCUGCCUAUCGAGCUGAUGCCCGAGGAGGCCCAGGUCCUCGUCGACAAGAACGUAGCAUACAUCGUAGACGACGCCGCGUUCCAUUCCGCGUCCUUUGUUACUCUAGAUGACGACGCGCGCAGAAGAUACCUGCAGUCUGUCAAAGCUGAGGGCAGGAAGGCCCAGAUGGCGGCUGCGGAGAGCAAGCUGAGUGCGAAGCCAAAAAUAACUACUACUACUACUACUACUAAGAAAGAGAAAGAAAAGCCAAAGACUUCAGAAAAUGAGGCAAGUCUCGAAGCAGAUGACGAGACCAGCACCAGUCUCUUCAGCCCUCCCUCUCCGCCACCGCCAAGUGGCGUCUCUCACUCCCAACCCUCGCAAACGGAAGACCACCCCGCCUUCGCAAUAACACCCACAACAAGCAGCCUUAUCCUCCCCCCUUCUCCUCCCCACGUCCCCCCUAAAGGACUCUUUCCCUUCUCCGCCUCCGUGAACGUCCCGCCCUCGUACCCGCUAUACGCCCAUCUUCAGGACCGCGGCUACUACAUGAUGCCCGGCUUACGUUUUGGCUGCGAUUACAACGUAUACCCUGGUGACCCCCUACGUUUCCACAGUCACUUCCAGGCCGCCAGUUACGGUUGGGAAGAAGAGAUUGCCGUCCUUGAUCUCGUGGCCGGCGGACGACUGGGUACGAAUGUCAAGAAGGGGUAUUUGAUUGGUGGGGCUGUGGUAGGUGAUGAUACGGAUGAGCAUCAGAAAAAGAAAGAGGGGAUAGACGAAAAUCCCAAAGCUCCGCGAGCCAGGGCUUUCUGUAUAGAAUGGGCAGCUAUGUAG